AUGGACCUUAGUUCGGAUACUGCCGCCGGAGGAGGCGGGCUUGGUUCUACUGAUACAUGGGGUGGAGUGGGCAGCAGCAGCAGCAACGACAACAGCAGCAACAGCAGCAGCAGCAGCAGCAGCAGACCAUUAACUGCAGCAGGAUUAGCAUAUUCUUCUGGUGCUGCUGGCGGUAAUCCCCUUUCUCCUGCUGCAGGUGUCUCCGCCUUCUCCUCUCCUCUUCCCUACUCCCCUCUGCAGCAGCAAGGGCAGCAACAGCAGCAACUGCAGCAGCAACAACAACAACUGCAGCAGCAACUGCAACAGCUGCAGCAGCAGCAACAGUUACUACAGCAGCAGCAGCAGCAGCAGCAGCCGUACUCUGCCUGGAUGGGAGGUGGUGGCCCCCCUGGUGCCGUAGGGGCACCACCAGGGUCCCCUAUGGGGGCCCCUUGGGGGGGGCCCCUUGGGGGCCCCCAGGGGCCCCCGUGCCCUAAAACUUUAUGGCUAGAGGUGCAGCAGCAGCUGUCAGCAGAAGACAAGAAGACACUGCAGCAAAUAGGGACGAGGGCAAGAGCAGCAGCAGCAGCAACUACAUUAGGGUUAGGUAUAUUAGCUAUGAAUAUAUUCAAGAAAAAAAAUUGGCGUUAUCCAAUAUUGGGGGCAUCAAUUGUUGGGUUGACGGUUGGACCACCAUUAGGGUUUGCAGGUUAUAUGAUGAUGAAUUAUUCAAAAGUUCAACGAAUGGAGGAAAAGUUUAGAGAAGCACAAACAGCUAUUGAGGCAAGAAGAAGGGGAUUUUAUCCUAAUAUGCCUUAUUCUUACAUGGGUGCACCUCCUGUUUUUCGUCCUGAGGAUGCAGCAGCAGCAGCAGCAAACCCGGGUGUACAGACACCUCAGGGGGUGCCUCCUGCUGCACUCUCCCCCAAUGAGCUGCUAAAGGAGUAA